GAAAGAAAUAGUAAAAUACUUUAAAAUUGAUAGGAAUUUAAUUGAAAACGAGCAAGCGAAUCAGUUCAGUCCGUUGAAUUCAAUCAAAACGACCUAAAUAAGAGGAAGAGAAGAAAUUUAGAUCUUAACAUGGCGCCUGUUGGUCCUCGAUCCGGUGAUGCUAUCUUCGCCAACAUGGAACGCGUGAAUGCUGAGCUUUUUACCUUAACUUAUGGCGCCACCGUGCGUCAGUUACUCACGGAUCUGGAAGAGGUCGACGAAGUUAACAAACAGCUCGAUCAAAUGGGCUACAAUAUUGGAAUUCGACUGGUUGACGAGUUUCUGGCAAAAUCUAAUGUCUCCAGAUGCAUAGACUUCAAAGAGACUGCUGAAGUGAUUGCUAAGGUGGGUUUCAAAAUGUUCUUAGGGGUUACUGCAUCAGUGACCAACUGGGAUGCUGAUGGGACAUGCUGCAGUAUAGUUUUGGAAGAUAAUCCCUUAGUGGAUUUCGUUGAGCUCCCUGAUACCUGUCAAGGUCUUUACUAUUGCAACAUCUUGAGUGGAGUCAUUAGAGGAGCCCUAGAGAUGGUGUCACUGAAGACUGAAGUCACUUGGAUCCGCGAUGUGCUUCGAGGGGAUGAUGCAUACGAGCUUCAGGUUAAACUCGUGAAGCAAGUUCCGGAAGAGUACCCAUACAAGGAUGAUGAAUAACAUGCUACUGAUGUGAUAUAUUGAGUUUAUUAUUUUAGUUCGGAUUAAAAGAUAGCAAUUUAACAGCUUAUCUUCUUUUACAUAAAUGCAUUUCUCAUGAGUUUUGAAGUUAAAACAAGAGCUAAAAUUACUGCCAUUCAAAGCUCCGAAAUUUGAUAUGGAUGUUUAGUUGUUUCAAUAUCUCAAAUCUUGUGUAAUUAGAUUUAUUUUCUCUGGGUGGGCUAUACGAUUGUGGAACAGGAGACUUUUUAUGCAAAA